UUUUCAUAUGCCGUUUUGAAGGAAACAAAGAAAAGGAGAGAGCAAAGAAACCGAAAGAUGGCUAUGGUUCUGGAACCAAAACCCUCGUCCGAGCCACCACCGUCGUUCCCCUCUACAAGAUCUGACAUCCAAGGCUUCUCCGAUCAGUCUUCUUCCUUCUCCGACGAGGAUGAUCUCUACGGCCGCCUUAAAUCCCUCCAGCGUCAGCUCGAGUUCAUCGAUAUCCAGGAAGAAUACGUUAAGGAUGAGCAGAAGAAUCUCAAGCGGGAGCUCCUUCGAGCCCAGGAGGAGGUCAAGAGGAUUCAGUCCGUGCCCCUCGUCAUCGGCCAGUUCAUGGAGAUGGUCGAUCAGAAUAAUGGUAUUGUGGGAUCCACUACUGGUUCUAAUUACUAUGUCAGGAUUCUCAGCACGAUUAAUCGGGAGCUUUUGAAGCCCUCCGCUUCUGUUGCUCUCCACCGCCAUUCCAAUGCUCUCGUUGAUGUCUUGCCGCCGGAGGCCGACUCUAGCAUCUCGCUUCUCAGCCAGUCCGAAAAGCCGGAUGUUACCUAUAACGAUAUUGGAGGAUGUGAUAUUCAGAAGCAGGAAAUCCGUGAAGCUGUUGAGUUACCUUUGACUCAUCAUGAGCUGUACAAACAGAUUGGUAUAGAUCCUCCUCGUGGUGUGUUGCUCUAUGGUCCCCCUGGCACUGGUAAAACCAUGCUUGCUAAGGCUGUUGCAAAUCAUACUACUGCUGCUUUCAUCAGAGUUGUGGGUUCAGAAUUUGUUCAGAAGUAUUUGGGUGAGGGUCCAAGAAUGGUCCGUGAUGUUUUCCGUCUUGCCAAGGAGAAUGCUCCUGCAAUUAUCUUCAUUGAUGAGGUUGAUGCUAUUGCUACCGCUAGGUUUGAUGCCCAAACUGGGGCUGAUAGAGAAGUUCAGCGAAUCCUCAUGGAGCUCCUCAAUCAGAUGGAUGGGUUUGACCAGACAGUGAAUGUUAAGGUCAUAAUGGCAACUAAUCGAGCAGACACUCUGGACCCUGCACUUCUUCGUCCCGGAAGACUUGACCGAAAGAUUGAAUUCCCUUUGCCUGAUCGAAGACAAAAGAGGCUUGUUUUUCAGGUUUGCACUGCUAAGAUGAACUUAAGCGAUGAGGUUGACUUGGAGGACUAUGUUUCUCGGCCAGAUAAAAUUAGUGCUGCUGAGAUUGCUGCUAUUUGUCAAGAAGCUGGGAUGCAUGCUGUUCGCAAGAACCGAUAUGUAAUUCUCCCCAAGGACUUUGAGAAGGGUUAUCGAACCAAUGUGAAGAAGCCUGACACUGACUUCGAGUUUUACAAAUGAUGAAUAAGCGUUGGGAGGAAGUUUGAAUAUUUUAUUGCCUGUGAUUCUGAUAGUGUUUUGUUGUUACAUUUAACCUUAUUUCUUAUCAUUCAUGCCAUAGCCACUGAUAUUACACUCUGCUGGACCUGUUAAAACAGUUAUUACCAUCUCAUCAUAAAUCUGCUUUAUGAUUUUUCACGGUGUAGACAGCAUUGAGGGAAUGUUUUUAAGGGAGAUGAUAUUCUGUGA